AUGGUACAUAAAGUACAUCAUGAAUCGUGUGAUAAACAAGAAACAAAUCAAACAACUUCUUACAAAAUAUAUGAUUUUGUUAUAAAAUGCAUUGGAAAUUCUUAUGAAAAAAAUUGGCAAUGUGAGCGGCAAUUAACUUUAUGCGGUGUGGUUGCUUUCUUGUCAAGUAUGACCUCAAACAAUUCGAGACGACCCAUACUUCCGAAAACAAAUUCGACUCUAUCUGUUGUUAAUCACAAGAAGUCUACUUCAGGAGUUGAUUCGACUCCAUUAACAAGCGCACCGUCGUCUUCAUCGUCAUCAUUGUCUUCAUUUAGAGCAAUUGCCCCAAAAUCAAACCAGGAUCACACAGUGAUUAUCACUCCCGAAGUGGUCAAACAAAAUGAGUCUAGUGAAGAUGUUGUUCACUAUUGUGAUAUUGAAUCAAGUAGUCAGGAUUUCAACCCUCUUAGAAACUAUCGUUCAAUAUAUGCUAAUAACGUCGUACCUCGUAGUUAUUUGAGAGUUACGCACCAACGGGUUCUUUUACCGUCUCAUACAAUUCCUCGAACUCCUAUUAACUCUGAUACGCUUCCAUCUGGACCAUCUAGUUCUGGCUUUAAUGUUAAUAAGAAAGGGAGUCUACGUCCGGUGGUUAAGUUUCUACUUCGUAUAGGUUCAGCACUUGUGCGUUCACAGUAUGAACCAGCGGUUGGUAAAGAAGUAACUCCCCACCAGUUAUUGAGUAAUCGACGUAAACGCAGACGUGUUGAUGAGGAACCAACUCGAUUAUCUACAGAUAAAAUCAGUAUAGAAACUAUCAACAUUUCUCAUUUAGAAUGGAAACCAAAAGCGCGUCAUCCACGUUGGGAAGACAUAUGGAAUUAUUGUCAUAGUUGUCGUUGUCCCUAUGUUCCUACAUCUGCUUUAGAAUUAUUACGACAUCUAGAACGAGGUCACCAGAAACUAGUUAAUGUUAAUUCACUAGUGAUACCUAAAAAAACACGGCUUGAAAAAGUAAAUUGUAAUGAAUGCAUGCUUAAUGCAGCAGAAUUAUUGGGCAAUAAACUGAUAAGCCGAUUUUAUAUCCCACUCACUGUAAAUAUCUUCGAUUCCUCUUCAAAUAUAUCACCAUAUACAUGUUUUGUCUGUGGACUAGUGAAUAAGUCUCAACGUUUACUAGAAAAUCAUUUCCAACGCGUGCAUCCACAAUUAACCCCUGGUCGUAUAGAAAAACCAACAGUUAUCUUAUGUUCCAUAUGUGGCUUCCCUACACAGACUAAUUUAAUUAGACAUUCUUCUCAUCACUUGCACUCCGAUGUUUCAAUACAUGUAUCAUGUAAAAGUAAUUCUUCAAUACAUAAUAGUGCUCCAUGGUCAGGAUGUGACGCUCACGCACUAGCCUGUCUUAUGCUUUAUCCUACUAUGUAUGCUCGAUUUGGUUUACCUUUCAUAACUGUUUCUUUUUACACUUCAACUCCCGCACAAAUAAGGACAUGCAAUUCUAAAAGUGCUAUACCUAUUUCCCUAUCAACUGUAUUAGUUUCAUCGUCCUUACCGAUUCAGCCAUGUUUUGCUUCAUCAUCGUCUAGUGUAAAUCUAACUAAUAUAUCAUCAGUGUGUAUUUUACCUAAUUCGUCUCCCAUUACUUCCGUUUCUGAUUUGGUAUCGAAAUCUGUGACAGGCUCCAUAUUACCAUCUGUUUUAGUUAGUCAACCUACUACAACUCCAUCUGUUUCAGUGAAACAUACUCUGCCUUUUGAACCAAUGCCUCCUGUUUGUGUUACAAUCAGUAAACAGUCUAACCUUUUUAUGCAUGGAAAUACACAAAUCUCAGCUACAACAUCAUCAUGGUCUGUUGUAUCGUCAUCAAAUCCAACUCUUUUAUCUUUCCUCUCUUCCAACCAAUCGAAAAUUCCUAUUCAACCAAAACCUGUCAUACCAGUUUCUGUUGGUUUAGCAUCUGAUAAUUUAUUACAACAACAAUCUUCACAUACUAACAGUGGAGAUAAUACUAUUCGUGUUCAGGUGGGACCUAGUGGUCAAAUUAGGCGAUGCCUGGGAAGUCAACCGCGUAGUUUACCUCGUGUUUUGCCAAUGUUAGAAGUUCCGUGUGAACUGUGCCCUUCCAAUAUUCCAACGGAAACAAUUGUUCAAAGUUUUCACGUUAUGUCUCGUCAUAGAGUUAAAGGUUUGCGACAUAUCCCAACAAUUCCUUGUCGUUUAUGCGGUCAAUUAUUUUGGACAAAGGCUGGCGUAAUCCGACAUCAACAUGUUAGUUGUGCAUUUUGCGGUGAAAAAGCACUGUGUAAUUCAACUUAUUAUCUACAUGAAAUUAUUAAGCAUCCUCAACACUUCGCCUAUCGGUUGAAUAAAGAUGUGUAUAAUUGUCCACAGUGUUGUCGUGUGUUCUCGGAUAUGGUUUCAUUUAUAAUUCAUUUACAAACUGUACACUUUUUCACUGUACCAGAUGAAAUAAAUAAUAAUAUAUGCAAAUAUGGUUCUACAAGGAAUAAUAAAAUAAAUUUUAAUAAUUUAACAAUGAGUUCAAAAUUAAUUAAUCUUUCUACAUUAUAUUCAUCAUUAUCCAUGUCAACAAUAUCCGUAUCAUAUUCAUUACCGGAUAAUAUUGCUGUAUAUAUAAAACCCGAAGAAAUACCAUGUUGGAAAUGUUCAGUUUGUAAUGCACAUUUUAUUACAAUUAAUCAUUUAGAUUACAUAUGGCUCAAUUCAAAGUCAAUUAUAUUAUUGACUAUACAUCUACUCUUUCAGGCUAGUCAUCAGUACUGGUGUCCUCUAUGUCUAUAUGCAUGUGAACGAGCAAUUUCAUUAUGGAAACACUAUUGCAGUAGUCAUAACAAGGAAUCGGAACUAAAUCACAUUUCUGCAAAAAAUAAAUUUUAUCGAAUUGUUAAACCUCAAUCAAUUGGCACAACUAAUACUUCUACUUCAAUAACAACAACACCAACGACAUUAUCACCGUCAUCAUCCUUAAGUACAGUUACUGCAGCAAAAAUUAUUGCCAGUCCUUUAAAACAGGGUAGCCAACGCUGUGCUAUUGGUCACUUAUCCCAGUUUCAUGGGUGCGAUUUAUGUCCAGUAUUUUGUUUAACUGUUGACGAUCUCAAUACACAUAAGAAAACAGCUCAUGCUAAUGAAAUGCUUAAAGAGAAUUCAAAUAAUAAUAAUAAUAAUAAUAAUAAUAAUAAUAAUAAUACAAAACAACUUGUUAUAUCUAACACUUCUGACUUUCUCACGACAACAUCGACAUCAGUAACGACUACUACUACAAUUAUUACUUCUACGUUAAGCAAUCAACCUAUUCGAUUGAGCAUUACUACAAGUUCACCAUCUUCAUCUUCAGCGAAAUUCAUUGAUGUUCAUGAUGAUAGUGCCAGUGGUGGUAGUGUUUGCGACGUUAUCAAUUCAUCAACAUUAUCAAUGUCAAAGCAUUCUAAUGAAUCUGGAUUGAGUUUAAAUAGAUUUGUUAAAUGGAUUACUGGUGACCAGCUUAAAUUUGGAAAGUUACUCAGUACCUCAGCUAUAAAUAAUAAUACCGAGACAUCGGCUGUUACCAUGGCAAAUAGCAGUUUAAAUAAUCAAAUAACUGAUCAAAUCACCAUCAUAGAUGAUAAUAACGACGACGACAACAACACUGAUGAUAAACGAAAUGAGCUGAACAAAGGACUGAAUACUAUUGAACAUGAUAAUGUCGGUAAUGGUGAGGAUGAGGAUGUUAUUUGUCCAAUGUGCGAAUUUCACAGUAAAUUACGAAGUGAUGUUAUGCAACACAUUAUGGAUUUCCAUUAAUCAAUACUCCAUUUAUUAUUUGUACUUAUUAAUGAUGUAUCAUCCGGUGGCUGUAUAUUUAUACUUAUAACGGAGAAUAUCGCUGUAUGUUUAUUUUUUAAUUAACUCUCCUCUUUCUUCCUUUCAUGAUGAGCCGAUUUCCCAUAUAUAUAUAUAUAUAUAUA